GCUCGGUGCUCGUUGCCCCUACGAUGACUACCGAGAUCUUGUCUGCAGGUACAGUAUAGAUCGCAUCCGAAGACUCCGGACGGCUCACCUCAGCAUCGUAUCCGUCGUCUCGAAGCUUCCAUAGCGAAGCGCAACAAAAAGCGCCCCACCCCCGCGGCCCUACCAAUCAUUGAAGCUUAAGUCCGCCCUCACUCCCGUCGAUUAACCUUCAGCCCUACCCCCUCCGUCGCUCGCUCACUUACUCCGUUAUGCCUCCGCCAGGCAACGAAUAUGCCGCCGAGCAGCUGAAGAACUCGGGCAACAAGUGCUUCAAGAAUGGCGACUACGAAGGAGCCGAGGGGCUGUACUCGCAGGCGAUUCAGAAGAACUCCGCCAACCCUCUGUUAUUCACGAACCGCGCAAAUGCGAGGCUAAAGUUGGAGAAAUGGGAAGGAGUCAUAGAUGAUUGUAUACGGAGUAUCGAGCUCUUGAAGGACAAUAUGAAGGCAUUCUUUUACUUGGCGCAAGCCCAACUCGCGAUCAAUCACCCCAACGAAGCCCUAUCUUCAGCCCUCAUGGCCUACGAGCUGUGCACCACCUCGGCGCAACAAACCUCCAACGCAGCCACAAUUUCCGCUCUCGUUUUGAAAUGCAAGAAAGCCAAGUGGGACAUCCGCGAACGGGAAAGAAUACGGCGGCGUGGCGAUCUGCUCUCCGACCUUGAAAUGAUGCUGGAAACACAGUUCAAGAAGGACAUGGAUGAGAUAGAAGCACGUAUGGAGACCGGGGAAACUAGUCGCUCAGACGGACAGGAAGAGAAAGCAGAACGGAAGAUGGAGUUUGAGAAGAAGCGCGACGACCUCAGAACCGCAUUCGCGAUUUCUGACCCGGAGCAUCAGCAAAAACGCGAGGUCCCGGAUUACCUCGUCGAUGGCAUAACGUUUGAGAUCAUGCACGAUCCCGUGGUAACCAAGAAUGGAAGAUCGUAUGAGCGCGCUACGCUGAUUGAGCAUCUCAAACGCAGUCCAACAGACCCGCUGACGAGAGAAACGCUUACCAUCAACGAGCUGAGACCAAACAUUGCACUCAAAGAGGCAUGUGAAGAGUUCAUGACUGCAAAUUCUGGGUGGGUUUAUGAUUGUGAGGACGGUGAGGUAGAUUCGGAUGCGCGCUGGGCGCACUUAUCUUCAGCUUAAGGUCUACCCCUCAAUCAAAGUGCGUGGAAGAGUAUCAUAUUUGCAUCGGCUGGCGUUUGUUGGAAAUCCCGUCUUUUGUGCCUGCACACUCAUCAGCGAGUAUUGAGCGUUGUUCAAGCGGUCGUAGUUCGAUACCCACAGCUACAUGUAUCCCUCCC